ACACUUAAGUUUCUAAUGCAUAAUAAUUAGCCUAUAUCUAACAAUUUUAUACAUGCAGGGACUCCCAAAUGGACAGCAUAAAAUCAGCCAUUGAUAUUGUGAAGGACGUUGGCCCUACCGUUCGGAGAUAUGUCAAGUAUCAAUUUUGCCCCAAAGAUUACGUGGAUCAAUUCGUAGAAGUGCAAGAGAGGCUGGAGCGCCAACUAGAUGACGUUGAGGCAAAAUUAAACACACAACUUAACCAGCCCGGCAAGAAAGCAGCGAGCCAAGUUGACAAUUGGCGGGAGGGAGUGCGCAAAGAAACUGCUGUAAAGGUUGAAGAUCUGACCUGUAAAGGAGGCUGUUUCACAUAUAUUUGCUCAUCAAGAAAGCUCGAUAAAAAGACUCAAGCACUGAAUAAAGGAAUAUAUAUGCAGGGAGAAGAUUACACUAAUGAUGGACAGAGUUUGGUCAUAGAUGAUCACUCAAUUGAGUAUUGCAAAAGUGUAUUAAAAAAAGAGCAAGAGCAGCUGAAGCUUCGGCAAAAAGACAUUGAGGCAAGAUUGGAGACUCAACGUAUGCAACCUGGAAAGAUUGCAAGGAAGGAAGUUGAAGACUGGAUGCAGAAAUCAUGCCAUCAAAUUGCUAUAAAGGUUGAAGACCUUAUCAGCCAAGGGGAAUGUUCUUCAUCAUCCAACCUCGAGAAAAAGAUUGAAGAAUUGAAGCAAACAUUUAAUCAAGGAGAAAAAUACACUAAUGCUGGUGAGAAUUUGGUCGUAGAUGAUCACUCAAUGGGGUAUUGUGUACAUGUGUUCAAAGACAAGCAAGGGAGGCUGAACCACCACAAGGAACUCAUUGAAGCAAAUUUGAAGACUCAGUGCAUGCAGCCUGGAAAGAUUGCAAGGAAGGAUGUUACAGAGUGGCUGGAGAAAGCAGGCCAACUGAUUGCCAUAAAGGUUGAAGAUCUGAUCAGCGAAGGGGAAUGUUCCUCAUCAACCAACCUCUGGAAAAAAAUUGAAGAAUUGAGGCAAAUACUUGAGCAAGGAAAAGAAUUCACUAAUGCUGGUGUGACUUUGGUCAUAGAUGAUCACUCAAACAAAGGGGUUCCACUACUUGUUGAAGAAUGCAGGGGCAGGGAUGAUAUACAAGAUCAAAUUCUGGAAUGGUUGAAGGGAGAUGAGGUUACAAGAAUUGCAGUUUCAGGAAUGGGCGGUGUGGGCAAGACAACAGUUAUGAAGCAAGUUCACAACCAACUCUUGGAGGAACCCAAAUUUAAUGAAGUUAUUUGGGUAAAAGUGUCAAGAGACUUUGACAUUAUUGUCCAGCAAAGAAAGAGGUUUGAUAUUCUCAAGUUUCAGAAAAGGAUUGCAAGUAGCUUGGGAUUAGAACUGAAGCCCGAGGAUCAUGAGAAUGAAACCAAGCUUGCAGGAUUGAUUUCACAAAGGUUGAGGCAAGGCAACUCUGUGCUAAUUCUAGAUGAUGUGUGGCAGCAAUUUUGUCUAGAAGAUGUUGGAAUUCCUAUUCUAGAUGGAAAUAAUGGUUGCAAGUUAAUACUCACAACGCGGUUACACGAAGUUGCUCGUGCAAUGGAGUGUGAGGUGAUCUCUCUGAAUCCUCUUCCACCUAAAGAAGCAUUAGCAUUAUUCUUGGAGAAAGUUGGAAGUGCAGUGUUGUCAGAUGGCAGAAUUAAAGUAGAUAUAAAGCCAUUUUUGGAGCAAAUUUUGCAGAAAUGUGGUGGAGUACCUCUUGCUAUAGUGAUAGUGGCAAAAUCAAUGAGAGGGAAAUUACUUCCCUGUCAUUGGAAGUUGGCACUUUCUGAAUUUAGUAAACUUGAAAGCAUUAUUGAUUGUUUGAAAUUCAGUUAUGAAUCCCUAGAACCACAAUGCCAAGAGUGUUUUCUAUACUGUGCAUUGUAUCCUGAAGAUGCUGAAAUCUACAAGGAUGAGUUAAUUGAGUAUUGGAUUGAGGAGGGGCUUAUAUAUAAAGAAGGGAUAACUAGGGAGGCAAUGAAUUGGAAAGGUCAUGAUAUACUUGAUAAGCUGGUUGACAGUUGCUUGUUGGAGUUGGCUAGAGGCCAUGAAUUUUAUGUGAGUAUGCAUGAUCUUCUCCGAGAAAUGGCAUUGGAAAUCAGUCCUCAAUUCUUGGUGAAAGCUGGCAUGGCCUUGGAAAAGUUACCAGAGGAGGAUGAAUGGAGAGAAGAUCUUUUGAAGGUUUCUUUAAUGGAGAAUCACAUAACAGAAAUUCCUUUAAGCAUGCUGCCUCCAAAGUGUCCUAUGCUCACAACCUUGCUGUUGUCCAAUAACAAGAUUUCAACAAUUCCAGAAGCUUUUUUUGAGCAUAUGCUUGGGCUCAAGAUUCUUGAUCUUUCGGACAAUCCUGAGCUAAGUAGGCUGCCGAGUUCUGUUUCCAAAUCGGAGAAGCUUACUACAUUAUUGCUAUAUGGUUGUGAAUCCUUGAUAGAGGUACCAUUUUUAUCCAACCUUGUAGGCUUAAAAAAGUUGGACCUUUCUUGGACAUCAAUUGAAGAACUACCCCAAGGCCUCAACAUGUUAACAAAUCUAAAAUAUCUUGGUCUUGGUGGAAGAUUAUCUGAAACACUUGAUGAACCGCUACAAAAUCUCUCCAAACUUCAGCAUUUACUAAUAAAUGUCGAACCCGAUGCUGAAACAGAAUCUAAACGAGAGCCGAUUGGAAUUUGGGGGAAGCUUCAAAACCUUGAGAAGCUGGAUCUUCAAGGUUUGGAUAACUCAAAUGCGAUGUUUGGGGAAAUAAGAGCCGUUGCUGAGUCAACACCGCUACCAGCUGGCACAUUUUCCUCUCUUCAAUAUAUUAGUGUUUCUUAUUGUGAUAAAAUAAAGAAGUUAUUCUCGGUUAGGUGGUUGGGAUAUCUUCAGAAACUACAAACUAUUGAGGUUAAUUUUUGUGAGCAACUGGAGGAGAUAAUAGGGUCUGAAUCUGAAGAAAGAGAAAAAGUCACUCUACCCAACUUAGAAAGGUUGGAAUUGGCCGUUUUGCCCCAAUUGAAGAGCAUCUAUAACGGAGGAGAAAAAGUCACUCUACCCAAGUUAGAAAGGUUGGAAUUGGAACAAUUGCCCCAAUUGAAGAUCAUCUCUAGCGGUUCUUUGAUUUGUGAUUCCAUCAAGAAGAUUGUAAUUAAGGAUUGCGAAGAUAUAGAGAGUGUUUUUUGGUCAGGGUUCAACCCACUUCCAAACCUUGAAUAUCUAGAAGUUUACUUUUUAAACAAUCUGAAAUGCGUGUUUGAUGAAGAAGGUCUUGGUUUAUCGCCACUUGAACCUCCCACAAGCUUUUUCUCUCUUAAAGAAAUUAGGGUUGGUAGUUGUGGUCAAUUAAAGAAGGUAUUCUCAUCUGGAUGGUUGCUCCGCUGCUUCCAAUCUCUUCAGACUAUUGAGGUUUCAUGUUGUUAUCAAAUGGAGGAGCUGAUAUCAUCAUCGGCACAUGAAGAAGAAAAAGUCACUUUACCCAAGUUACAGGGCUUGAAAUUAACAAGGUUACUCUUAUUGAAGAGCAUCUGUAGCAGCUCCAGUGUGUUGAUUUGUGAUUCCAUUCAGAGUCUGGUGAUUUUCGAGUGUGAGAAGCUAAAGAGAAUUCCUCUGAAUUUUCCCUUGCUUGAUAAUGCUCAAUCAUCUCAUCCUCCUUCCCUCAAAGAAAUUGUGGUAUGGCCAAAAGAAUGGUGGGAAUCAUUGGAAUGGGACCAUCCCAAUGCAAAAGACAUCCUUUUUCCCUUCUGUAAAUUUCAGCAGAAACGGGGGUAGGGCACACCGAAAAUCAAAAUUGGAAUUCGGCCCUAUAACCACAAGAAAGUCAAAGGAAAUCACAUUUGCAUUUGUCGUUGUUGCUGUUGGGUUUUCAAUUUAAUAUAAACUUACUAUUCUUCAUUUUUCUUUUUCUGUGUCUAUAUUAUGUGUUUAAAUGUGUAAAAUUAUAAGUGGAAAACUAGAAAUGUUUGUUUCUUUGUUAUCUGUGUAAUGUUGUCUUUGAAACUGUGUGCAAAAAAGACUUGAAACUGUA